AUAACAGACGACGGAAGUGUUCAGUGCACCCGUUUCACGCUAAACAAAGGUACAUGUGUGGAUUGUGUAUACUGAUAUAUUCUACACAAAGCACUAUCAAUCUUAAGACAAAUUUGAAGGGAAAUAUUUGAGACCUACCGAUUCCAGCUAAUCUCAUUUGUAUCGUAAAGGUACCGGCUUUGAACGAAGUACACGGAAGAUUGGGAUGAAACAGGAAAAUGGCGUCAUUAUAAUACUGGUGUACGGUAGGUUGUUAAACAUUUGUACUUCCUGGUUGUUAUCAAGCAAAUAAAUCGUGGGAUUUAUCUGUACUAUUUCCUGGUGUAUAUAUAUCUUUUGACAUUCCUGACUGGUCAGCAUAGCCUUUGGAUUGCAUUUGUUGAGUAUAUUAUAUAUUGGUCUGUGUGGUAGAAGACCUGGCUAAUGGAGAAAUGUUCUCUUACAAGCGUUUUACGAACUCUGGUAUACCCUACCACUAUUCGGAUUGUUAAGGGUGACCUCACGUCCGAGGAAGGUAAACAUUUCCCGGACAAACGAAAUAAUGUCCUCACUUUAUAUGGACGAGGGCUUAGGAUAUAUGUACCCCCUGCCUCCAAUGCUGACCUGAGACUCAGAUGUAAGGACUCGGAUACUUCAGACCGAACGAGGCGGAAAUCAGCUGAUGAUGGUGAUGGGGACGAGUAUACCAACACAGAAAACCUAUUCACUAGCAACAUAUUUGUGUCCGAUAAAGCAGACUUAAAAGAUAACCAUUUCGCAGGCAAGGUUUAUAGAAAUGUUGCAGACAUUCUGAGUGAUAUGCCGGUAUCUGUGAAAGCUAAUAAGCUCCUCUUCGGAUGCGGUGAUGGUAAUCAUAUUCGGAUGAUUUCUGAAGGUGAGGUGCUACAGAUCGACCGUUAUAAAGAUGGAGCGCUUAAGAACAUCCUGACCGGCUCUGUAAAUGGUGAACGUGUUUCCAUACAAUUAUCAAAUGGGUCCGUCGAUGUCACUGCCCUGCCCGAUCCCAAAGCAGAUAACACUGUGAUAACUGCUGGUGAAGUAAUCCACAUGGAUUUCUAUCGACCAAAGGAAAUGGUAUUUGAGGAUGAAGAUAUACAUCAGACAUAUGAAAUAGAGGUAGGGCUUAAUGUGUUACCGCUAAACGAGAAACCGUUAAUUUGUGUGUGUUGUUCGGAUGGAUACAGCAGCGAUCGAAUCGAGAAUCUUGACAAUGACAUGCUGAGAAUACAAAACGUUUGGUGCCUUAACGUUAGGGAGGACGAAAUGAGUGGAGUUAUUGUACAGGUCAUCAAUACAGAUAAGGACUCGUCCUUCAAAGCUGUGUUUGGCAAACACGUGGGAAGAGAUCCUGAUGAUUUCAGCUUAUACAAUCUGUACGGCAAACAAUGGUCACCUGACCUUAAACCUACAUCACGCCGAGAUCCUGGGGUCCAAGGACCGCCCGCUGUACCUCGUAGGAAUUUGCUUCCAAUUUUACCACCUCGAUCAUUUGCAAGGGAAAGUUUAACCUUACAGCAGCUUCCCAGAGCACCACCUCCACCUAUAUGCAUUGAAGCCCACAUACAACCUCCUUCGCCCGAAGAGAUCAAACGCCAACUGUCGUCGCCAACCUUCACACAAAGCACGUUCAAGGAAGACGAUGCCUUCGAUCAGGUCAAACCGCAUCCACACAAUCAACGAUUAAUGAUGAAUGAAUCAAGAGACCACUGCAGGAACGUUGAUGAAUACAAAGCAGCACCAGUACCACCGGUUUCAUCUUACACACCAUUAACAUCAGCUGUGCCGACGCUGAAUUGUACAGACGAUCCAAACUCAACUGAUGAAUUCAAAAUGUUGAAGUUAGAUACAAUAACGAUAGAAAAUAUGACAAUAUCGGAACUUGUAGAGAUGUUCCGGUUUUACAAACUUGACCACAUGGCUGAUGUCUGCAUGGAACACAUGGUUGAUGGUAUGACGCUGUUAGAGCUAGAUGAACAUGACCUAAAAGAGAAACCAUUUUACCUCAAGGGGUUAGCCUUAAAAAGGGUUCUGUUACUCAGGCAGGGACACCGACCGAAAUAAAGCCAUUGACAAUAUUUGGGAGUGCAAACUUCUGGUGUUCCGUUCAUUAAAGGAAAUUAAACACACUUGGACUGGUACCGCGACUUCCACAAAGAAAAUGGAGCUGAUCCGAAAUCAGUUUAGCCUUACAUACAAUUUUUUUCAGAAUUGAUGGUCCUAUGUGUCAUUUACAUACCAAGAUGUUUAGACAUUUUACAUGUUACACCAAGUCUGACACACCGCGCUGCAAAUAAUACAACUUGCCAACUCCGGUGCCAGUGUAAUGAACCGAAAGGAAUCCCUUUCCUGAACUGACAUCAUAAAGCGGUCAUUAUGAUUGUCCAAUUAAAAAAACAAUUAAAGUGAGUUGGGCGUUGCAUCAUUACAACAGACGAUAGCGAUCCUGGCAAAUACCACAACUAGCAGUGACAGCCGGUGUAGGUUUACUUUAGCAUUGUUGCGUAGCAUUAUGGUGUAAGGUCCAAUUGCUAUUUAUUGUUUUAUGCCUGUGUUUAUUUGUCCUGAGACCUAUGACCAUUCCUUUUAAAUCAUGGCUUUCAUAGUUUCUGCUUCACGCUCAGCAUAUAAGUGGUGAAACGACUUGUUUGUCCAUUGUAAUUUGACCAGAUGGGCUGUUAUGCUGGGUGUAUUCUGUAAUAUACUUCAGUGAGGUAGCAAUAUGACGUCGAUAUCAGUUUAACACUGUCACGAGAAGACAAACACGAAGUUAACGCAUGCACAUAGAACAGAGGACUGUUGACAUGACGUUAAUCAACACAAAAUCAAUCUGAACGAUUAUAUCCUGCUGUUUAUAUAAACCAUCGUUCUUUAUUGAUUGUAAGGCUGUCUCAGAUACAUACAUAUGUCUACGAUAAAUAUAAUAUAAUUGCUAUAAUGUCUAUAAGAAUAACUCAUGAGAAAGAAAGGUGUACACAGACCGACUUCCGGUCGCACUGUUGUUUAAGUAUUGAAAAAAAUACUUAUCAUUGAUAAGGGCUUCUGUAGGUACAGCUCCCUUCAUUGAUUAUUAUGCAAUCUGUUUAAUGAUGGAGUAACAAAUAGGAAAAUGAUUCCUUGUAAGGGAAGACAACACUAGUUUCAAUCAAACAAAUUAACAAAUGUGAGCCAUGUACUGCAAUGUAUUACCAUAUUCAACCUUUGAACGGAUGAAAUAAAACAAUUUUAAAAAUGGAUCCCUAUGUUGAACAGUUUCAAAACAUCAUUCACAUUUCAAACAUCUGUUUUAAUUAUCUUAUUAAAUAACAAUACAUUCAAAACCAAAACGCGGGAGAGAGAACCCAAGUGUACAAGGACAUAUAAUUGGUGUUAAGCUUGCUGUUAAUGUUUAAUCAAAUGCUGCUGCUGGCGACAUUGUUUGCAUUAUAGAUACGAAUGAAGUUCGACGUGUGUAUUCAAUCCCUUUAUGAAAAAAAUGUCAA